UGGUGAAUAGGGUUUUUAUAUCGCUCCAAGAUCUCGAAAUAAGAAAGCUUCCGCCAGAGCCUGUGGAUUGGAAACCCUCCGUACUCGGUUAAGUGCGUCGGGAACUUACCUCCCAACCCGUGGGCUCAAGAUCUCUAUAUCUGUUCCUUCUUUCUUCUUUCUCCCCAGCUACUCAUGGCCUCAAAUUCGCAAAAAGAUGUUCCUACCUCUUCCAGUCCGGGAAAAUUGGAAAUUGCCAAUAGCUACAGCAAUGGCAUUAUGUGGUUCUUCAAGAACAGAGGUUUUGACGAUAAAAGUAUUAAUGAAAUGUUCAAAAAGUGCAAGCAUCUCGAGGGUGUGCGAAAGGAAAGAGCCUGUGAAAACUGGGACUACUUGAUAAGCAUUGGCAUCCAAGAGCGGAAGCUUCCUUCUGUUGUAGUAAAGUGCCCCAAAAUACUUACCAUCAAUUUGGAAGAAAAGCUUAUCCCGACUUACCAGUGCCUUACAACAUUGGGAACAAGACCCAGCCAGGUUGCUUCUGCUAUUACCAAGUUUCCUCACAUCUUGUCGCACAGUGUGGAAGAGAAGCUUUGUCCUCUCCUAGCUUUUUUUCAAGCUCUUGGGGUGCCUGAAAAGCAACUUGGUAAGAUGUUUCUGCUCAAUCCGAGAAUCAUUAGCUACAGCAUUGAAUCAAAGAUUUCACAAAUUGUGAACUUUCUUGCUAGGCUUGGCCUGCACGAAGAAGGGAUGAUUGGUAAAGUUCUAGUGAAAAAUCCAUUCAUUAUGGGUUAUAGUGUAGAUAAAAGGCUACAACCGACUUUAGAAUUUCUAAAAUCUAUAGGCCUGACAAAAGUAAAUCUUCAAACAGUUGCAAUAAACUACCCCGAGGUUUUGUGUAGAGAUGUUAAGAAGGUUCUAAGACCUAAUGUUGAUUACUUAAAGAAAUGUGGAUUUGGAGGUGGACAAAUAGCAGCUUUGGUGACUGGUUACCCACCUAUUCUGAUCAAAAGCAUCAAUAACUCUUUAGAACCACGGAUCAAGUUUUUGGUAGAGGUGAUGGAAAGACGAAUGGAAGAAGUAGCUGAUUACCCUUACUUUUUCAAGCAUGGUUUCAAGAAGAGGUUGGAGUGGAGGCAAAAACUUUUGAAACAGAAGAAUGUACGUUGUAGCCUUAGUGAAAUGCUAGACUGCAAUCAGAAGAGGUUCUUAUUGAAGUUUGGUGUAACUGAACAUUUUGCCUAAGGCGCCCCUAUGCUGUGUUGAAUCUAUUUCAGUUUUGGAGA